AUGGGCGCCAGUCAAUCGAGCGAUAGCAAUACCGGCAACUCCACCACAACCCAGAAAACAUCCUACUACGAACUCCUGGGCAUCACUCGACAAGCAACAGAAGACGAGAUCAAAAAAGCCUAUCGCCGAAAAGCCCUUCUCUUACAUCCGGAUCGGAACCACGGCAACGAAGAAGCAGCCACAAAGACCUUUGCAGAAGUUCAAGCCGCCUACGAAGUCCUCUCCGAUCCACAGGAACGAGCCUGGUACGAUAGCCAUGAAACAGCCAUUCUCCGUGGAGAUGACGAUAUCGGUGGAGAUGGAAGUGCAGGUGCUGCGCCUUCGUUUGGGAAUGUUAGAGCAACGACAGCGGAUGAUCUGGCGAGGUUGGUAAGGAAAUUUAACAGUAAUGUUGAGUUUUCGGAUGCGCCGUCGGGAUUCUUUGGAUUUAUUCGUGAGACGUUUGAUCAAUUAGCGAAGGAAGAGGAAGUUGCAGCAGAUUGGGAGGGAGGCGAGUUUCGCGAGUAUCCGACUUUUGGGCACAGGGACGAUGACUACGGAGAUGUGGUCAAGGCAUUCUAUGCGGCGUGGGCAGGAUUUGCCACGGUGAAAAGCUUUUCGUGGGUGGACAAGUACAGAUUAUCCGAGGCGCCGGAUCGCUUCAUUCGAAGGCGCAUGGAGGAGGAAAACGGAAAGUUGAGGAAAGCGGCGAAGCAGGAGUUUAAUGAUGCGGUCAGGUCUUUGGUGGCAUUUGUUCGGAAGCGGGAUCCGAGAUAUGUACCGAACACGCAGACUGAGGAGGAACGGCAAAGGGUGUUGAGGGAUGCGGCACAGGCGCAGGCGGCAAGGGCGAGAGCGGCGAAUGCGGCGAAGAUGGAGGAUGAGGUGCCGGAGUGGACGAAAGUCAGAGAGCCGGAGGAGUUGGAGGAGAGUGAGGAAGAGGAGGUCGAGGAGCAUGUUCUGGAGUGUGUGGCAUGUAAUAAGAUCUUCAAGAGUGAGAGGCAGUGGGAGGCGCAUGAGAAGAGUAAGAAGCAUCAGAAGGCGGUGAGAGCUUUGCAACAUAAGAUGCGGAAGGAGAAUGCGCAUCUGGACUUGGAUGGCAGUGAUGGCGAGAGCGGAGGUAUCAAUACACCCGAAGUCGAUGUGGACGGGGAGGAGAUGCUUGAAGAUGUGGCGGACGAUUUGGAUGAUCAUGAAGUUCGAGCCAAUGGUGGCUCACAUGGGACCGACGAUACGCUUGACGAUGCUGAACCGGAUGCUUAUGCGAACAACGCCUCGCUCAAAGACGCCGGAGACGUCGAAACACCAGCGACGAAUGAGGCUCCCACAGACCAAUCGAAAAAAGCAGAAACAAAGGCACCAACACCACUCUCACCAUCCGACUCCGAAAACGACGACUACGCCUCCCUCGAAACAGUACAAGCCCGCCUCGUGUCCGCUUCUCUCGAUACACCGACGACGGGAGCCUCGGAAAAUGGCGACGAUUCCACUGGCCCGUCAAAAAAGAUGGGUAAAGCCGCGCAGAAGCGAGCGAAGAAAGCUGCUGCCGCGGCUUCUGGAGCACCAGUAGAUAAAGGACUCAAUUGUGAAGUCUGUAGAGAGUACUUUCCCAGUCGAACGCAGCUAUUCAAGCACGUGGAAGCGGAAGGUCAUGCAGCAUUGAAGAGCGUUGUUGGCGGCGGCGGAGGUGCGAAGGGCAAGAAGAAGGGCAAGAAGUGA